CACUUGGAAUCUCGGCUCGCAAACAGGUUGCUGUCGCAAUGAGGAAACUGCAAAUAUUGGGAUUUCUGUGCAUGGGUGCUUUUUUUACCCUUGGCACUUCUUUCGCUGAUCCCAGGGUAAAGGCCUAUGUAAAUGACUUUGUGUUUCCCACCGAAGAUGAGCACGUCAUUCCCCCUUGGCAGCAGUUCACCAAUGGGCACUCAUCCCAGUCGAGAGACUUGAAAUUAUCCAAAUGCAGUGACAUUCGUGUGGAAGACUCUUCCGGAAAAGCUCGUCUGAUCUUCAUCAGCUACCAGAAAGUAGAGGAUCCUCUUCAGAGCUUAAAAAAGCAGCUAGGCGGGGAACUAAAUCUUCCGGAACUUGUUGAUAGCAUAAAGGUAGUGAGGCGUGGGAAAAACCGCUUAGUUUUUGAUAUGCCAAGCGCUUUGGAUGCUCUUUUCACCCUGAAUAGUUACUGCAAUCUAUAUCGCGAUCGUCACGAUUUCACCUAUGAAAUCAUCACCGUUGAGUAAUGAUCCAAACCGAUUUUAGAUCAGCUUAUUCGAUUUCACUUAGGAUUUACACAUGUACUCAUUAAUAAACAAAGAUAAAACAAGAAAGAAAGCUAUAGUCGAGUUCCCCGACUAUCUGAUACCAAUUACUCAGCUAGU